AUGCCCGACGACCAAGUCUCCGACGUGCAAUCCGCGGCGUGGGAUCAGCUGAUGCAUAACUGGGCGCGCAACAGCAUGCAGGACCUGAGUGACCGCGCGCUUCUGACGGCCAGUUACUCCGUCGGGAUGAUGCUGGCCCACGGGGAGGCGUCGGCCGCGGCCGACUGGCAGGCCACGAAGGUCCUGCGGGAGAGUUACGCCUCGGUGCGGGAGCGGUUCCUCGCGGCCCCGAUGACCGCGUCAUAUCUGUGCCGGGCAUCGAGGACAGCUGCGGGUGCCGUUGCAUCGGGGGAUCGUGGAUCAUCCGACGUAUGA